AUGGUUAAGUCCGUACAUAAAAUAAUCCCCAGGUUUUAUGGCGACCAUUUAAAGAGAAAGUGUAAUUAUAAUAAAAAAAAAAGGUAUCAAAAAACAAUACCAUAUAAUUUUACCAAAUGUACAUUUUCCUCAAAUUCUGAAUGCUUAAAAAUAAAUAAAACUACUUGUAAUGAUAAUGACUUACCAAGUUUUUUAGAUUUACAAGAGAUGAGACUUAUAGGUAAUAAAAAAAUAAGCUUUAACAAUGUUUACGAAAAUAGAGUUAAUGUAUUUUUAAAACCAUUAAUAACAGAUAUAAUCACUGAUAAAAACUCUGAUAAUAAUUAUGAUGAAAGCCAAAUUAUUCUUGAUCAUGUACAAAAUUUAAAAAAGGAAACGGCGCACGAGAUUUAUGAAAAUAUAUAUGAGGAUAAAAAGUAUAACCAAACGGACAAAAUUUCUAGUACGCAUGAAGAAGAUAAAGAGCAAAUAGUUAAGAAUAAUAAUAAAGAUGAUAUUGUGAAUAAAGAAAAUUUAAUUAAUGAACGACAUGCAUAUGUAAAUGAUGAGAAUGAGACAUAUGUGAAUUGUAAUAUACAAAAUUGUAAAAAUAAUGAAAAAAUAAAAAGGAAUAAUACACAUGAUGAUGAUAAUAAUAAUAAUGAUAAUAAUGAUAAUAAUAGGAAUGGUAGGAAUUAUAAUAGUGGGGUGAACAAAAAAAGAGAUCUACAAUUUUUAUCACAAGAUAGAUAUAAUAUACUACUUAAAAGAAAACACAAAUAUAUAUACGACUUUGAAGUUUAUAAUAUUAGUGAAUUAAGUAAGUAUGAAGCAGGAGAAAUUGUAAACGUUUAUUUUUAUAAUAAAUUACACAUAGGUAUAGGCUUAUUAAAUCGAAAAAGUAACAUUGUUAUUAAUAUAAUAGAUAGAGAUAUAUCAAAAAAUAUAAAUGAUCAAUUUUUUAUUAAAAAAUUAUAUGAAAGUAUUAAAAGGAGAUUUCAUUUUUUAUAUAAUAUAAAAUUAUAUGAAUAUAUAUAUUCAUUUCAUAUUAGAAAAAAUUUAAAGCUUUUUUGUAAAGUUGUAAAUUCAGUCCAUGAUUCAUUACCUGGACUUGUUGUAUAUAUAUUUGAUAAACAUUUAUAUAUAAGAUAUGAUAAUUUAAGUAUACAAAAAUAUAGUUAUAUAUUUGAAAAAGAAUUAGAAACUAUAUUCUCACCUAAAAAUAUAUUUUGUAAAAAAAUUAUAAGUAAAAAAGAAAAAAGAGCUCAAAUGGGCAAAGAAUAUAUUUUAGAACAAAUAAAAGGAACAGAUCUUGAAUUAAAUUAUGAUGAAAAUGGUUAUACUUUUUAUAAUAAUAUAACGAACAUAUCAUAUGAUAUAUUUCAUAUAGAAAAUAAACAAGAUAGACAAUUCUUACAAAACAUUUUUCAUGAAUCCAAUAUCUUAAAUGUUCAUGGAAAUGUUGGAGAAUAUAUUAUUAACACUUCUUUUCAAAAAAAAAAAAAAAAUAUUAACACUGCAAAUUAUAGUGACAACAUAUCUAUUAUUUUAAGUGACUCUGUCAAAAACACAAACUACAUCAACAAAAAUAUUGAGCUCAAUAAAUGUGAUAAUAUAACAUCUCUACAUAGGGAAGACAUUUUGGAAGAACUAAACAACAUGUACCUAAACAAUUUAAAGUUUGAUUUAAUUAUAUAUAACAUAAAAAGUAAUAUUGUCUACCGAAAAAACUCUUAUAUAAGUGUUUAUGGAAAAAGGCACAUUGUGACCUUCAAAGGAAUAUACAGCUUUUUAAAUUACAUGGCAGAUAUCUUACAAAAAAAUGGCUUGCUAUUUAUAACAGUAGAACUGUCAGCCGUUGACUAUCACAAAUUUUUGAAUAUCGUCAAAUGUGUAUUUGAAAAUAAGAAGAAAAAUGUAUCUAUCAUAUACGAGAAUUCUUGCACCAUUGAAAAUAACAUAUUAUGUAUUGAUGAAAAUGCAUGGUAUAUGAGAUCGGUAUGUUUUAAGUUGAACAACGCGUGA